CACAAGGGGAACUCCUGAUUGCUGAUGCAAUGGAGGCUGAAAGAUCAGCUGUGGCUGCUGCUGUAGAGAAGGCCGAGGCUGCUACUGCUGCAGCAGACGCCGGGUAUGCCGCCUGGAAGGAGGCCCUGAUUUUUGCAGCUCUGGAGGCCGAGAGAGUCUCUGCUUAUUCCACGAAGAACGUUGGGACGCCUGCAGCCUUGGAAGUCCAUAGAUUAGAAGCAUUAGCACUGGAGAAGGCCCAUACGUACGCAGCACUGGAGGAGGCGAGAGCAGCUGCAGUUGCUGAAAUGGAGAGGGGCCAGGCUGCAGCAGAGCGAAAUGCUGAGUCGUCUGCAGCUGUUGCUGACCUGACCACAGAUGACGACGCUGCAGCUGCUGUUGGAGCGUCCAAAGCCGACACAGUUCCAGUCAAACAGGACAAGAACAGGAAGGGCAUCUUCGGAGGCAUGAAGUCUGGCUUCAUGCUGUAAAUGCUGUGUUCUGAUUGGUCAUCGGCAGUCUACCUCAUCCUUUAAAGACCCACGAGCAUGUCCUCCACUAACGACCUUGACUCUGAUUGAAAUCGUCACGUGCCAUAAACUUUGUACUCUGUGUAUUGAAUUCUUCUGAUCUAAUUUUGAAGAGCUGCAUAAAUGUGAGGCUGAUGGGUGAAGGGUUUUAAGACAUUAACUUGUAAUUGUAAUUUCAUGCAGAUAUUGAUUUACAUCAAAAAUGUCAUUUCGCAUGUUCAGGACUGAAUACAACUGACGACAUAUAUGCGGACCAGCAGGAACACGGACAUGUUGUGACGGGAGUGUGCGGGGGUGUUGGUUUAGACCGGACUAAAGCAGAGUGUUCUAGAGUUGUACGGAGUAUGUGGCCACUUGUUGUCAAACAGAGGAUCAACUCAGUGUCAGAGCGGAUAGUGACAGUUGUCCUGACCAGUAGGAGUGUCAGAGUGGAUGGUGACGGUUGUCCAGACAAGUAGCAGUGUCAGAGUGGAUGGUGACGGUUGUCCUGACCGGUGGGAGCGUCAGAGUAGAUGGUGACGGUUGUCCAGACAAGUAGCAGUGUCAGAGGGGAUGAGUGAAGUUCUAGAGAGGUGUUGGCUGAGGUGUUUUGGAGGUAGUUGUUGCGGUGUUGGAGACAUGGAUGGGUGAGGUGCUUCAGAAGGGUCGGGUGGGUGAGGUGUUGGAGAGGGGUGGGUGAGGUGUUAAGGAAGU